AUGUUGUAUGAUUUAGACUUAUUUUAAUGGGUCAACAAUAGAAGCAAGAAUUAGUACAUUAACUGCUGUCAUUACACUUAUGUCCUAAUACACAAGAAGAAUAUUAGGAAAAAAAUUACGCAAUUUCCUAAGUAUACAAGCUAAACUACAAUUCUAAUAUUGUAUUUGAAUAUAUAAACAACAUUCAGAUACACUAGACGUAUGACCAAGUACAAUUAAUGCAACAACUAUGAUAUUAUGAAUAAUUUUAAAAGUUUGUUUCAAACUUAAUUUGCAUAAUUUAAAGCAAUGUUACUAUUAUUACCUCACAACAACGAAAAAAACAAGAAGCACAUAUUAUAGAGCAAACAAACACAGGGUAAAAUGUGCAAGGAGCAGCCAAUAUUGUAGCUAGAUCAACUACUAGCGCACAAAAAUAAAUAACAAUUCAAAGAAUUAAUUGAAGCAUUAACAAGAAAACCAUUAUAAUCAGUACAUUCAAUAGCCGAUUAUAAUUAUUACAAGGUUGCAAAAUUAAACAAUAUCCAGAUUGCAUCUUGA